AUGGUUGCAGCGGUGGCCGUGCCACCGCUAGACUUGGGUGGCAUGAAUGUCACACCUGCGCUUGCGCCGAUUGAAACGCUCGGUGGCGAGGUGACUUACAAGCUGGGAGGCAUGUUUUGGCCGGCACGCUGCUUUGCGCGCCUCCAUGGGGACCUUCUGCUCAUCCAGCGGAAGGGCAAGCAACAGGCAGCAGUGGUGCUGCAUGCUGCGACUGUGGAGUUCAGAGCACCGACGACGGUGCGAAUCGAGGCCCCGGGUAGUCCUUUACUUGCCAUCCAGCUCGACACUGCUGAAGAAGCCGAGCGCUGGGCAUUGGCUCUGAAGCAGGCUGCGAAGCGUUCAAAGGGGCUCAAGGAUCUCCUCAGCUCGGACGUUGUUCCAUUGAUGCUGAGUCCACGGAGUGAGCAAGAGGAGCAAGAAGCGGAGGAGCGCCUUCACAGUCUGCGUGUGCGCAUAUCCGAGAUCGAGGCCGAGAAAGACAGCACAGUCAAGGAAGUCAAGCAAGAGUUGGAAGCGCAACUGGUUGAGGCGGAGGCUGCAGUCAAAGAAGCCCUCAAAGAAGCGGACAAUGCGGUUUGUGCGCGUCGCGAGGCAGAACAGCGGGCCCAGCUUGCAGAACAGGCGACGAAAGCUGCGGAGGCCGAGCACCAGCGACAGUGCAAAGAACUGGAAGCAGCGAAGGAUCAGCUUUCAGAGGAGCUGCGGGAAAUGAGGCAGAAGCUCGAUCUGGAGAUUGCAUCUCGUAAAGAGGUGGAAUCGAAGCUAGAGCUGCGUGACGAGGAGCUUGCAACAGCAAAGUCCGACUUGGAAUCCUUGACCAACGCCCAUGAGGCGCAGAUCAAGGUUGGCCAGGAACAUGCCAAUAAACUGGACGAGCAACGGCGGAGCCUCGAAAAUCUCGAGGCGGAGAAGCAGAGCUUGAUUCAUCAGUCCGAAAGCGUCGCGCAACUCAACUCGGAGCUUCAGGCCAAGCUCUCUGAGGAAGAGACUUCUCGGAAGGAUGAGAAUGCGGCCAGCAUGGAACGGUGCCGAAGUCUUGAGCAGAAAGUCGCUUCAUUGGAGGCCGAGCUGGAGCAGUCUACCUCGUCUGCAGAGGCUUGUGCAAAAGAGCGCACGAAACUCGAAGCUUCCUGUAAGGAGGCUGAGGCGAGUGUAACUCAGCAUCAGCAAGAAAUUUCCCUACUCCAGCGUCGAAUCGCUGCAGCUGACACGCGAUUUGCAGCAGAAGUUGCUUGCCGAAAGGCUGCUGAAGAAAGAAGUGUUGGUGCAGAGCGACGUCUCGCAGAAACAGAGGAGCUGUUGGAGAAGGCGCUGGCCGAGCGGAUAGCCGCUCAGCGACGAUUGAUUGAGCGUGACGGCGGCCGAAAGCCGUCUGAUAUUGACAUAGAGGUCAAGCAGGACCAGUGA